AACAGAAAGAGGAAAUGGCAAUCAAGGGGAACUUCAACGGUAGCAGCAGCAAUGGUUGGACUGGAAACAGCAACAGAGGGAGGCCUUAUGGGGUAAUGCUGCUGAUCGCAUUCGGUGCUGCUUUGCUUGGAGUUCUAGUGGUUCACAAGCUCAGAGAAAGGCGCAUCUUCAAUCUCCUUGUCACUGACAAAGAACAACACCUCUACUCUCUUCACCUUCUCUUGCAGAAGGAGCGAGAACAGAGCAGUGAAAUGAAGAGAAAAGCUGAGGACAUGAAGGCAGCGGUCCAGAAAGUGACGGCUGAGAAGAUGGAGCUUGAGAGGAGAGUUGCGGAACUGCACUCCACCAUCGAUUCCCUGAAAGAAGAAGGGAAGGCCUUGGAGAUUGCUCUCGAGGAGAAACAGAGUGAGAUCAAGUUGCUGGGAAGAGAUGUGACUUCUUCAGAGGGUGGAGACAAGGAAAACAAUCCCCAAGUUGCAGCAGCUCUAACUGAGAGUCUGAAGCAGAAGGAAGCUGAAAAUCAGGACUUGAAGAAGCAUCGUCAUCAUCAUCACCAUCACCAUCGUGGGGUCGAAACCCCGGUCAAGGUCUGGAGAGCGGGUUCGGAUGAGGAUCCUUCAUCAAACCCUCUUUCAACCAAUGGAACGAAGGCAGCAGACGAUGCAGUAGUAGUAGGCCAAGAGAAGAAGGAUGAUGCAUCUAGGAAGCUAUCUGAUGUGGAGAAUAAUGGAAGUGUUAAUUGGAGGACGUUGCCCAGGGAAGAAGGAUUAUUGCCGGCGGCUGGAAGCAAUGGUACUACUUCUCAAGGUGAAGCCGAAAGGAAGAGGAAACAUUUCCACUCGAGAAAGGCUGGAGGAAAGAAGUGGAGGGUGGUUGCUAGAAACAGACGGUUGGGAAACAACAAGAUGAACAAUGGAAAUGUCGAUGGAGAAGAAGAUGAAGGGGACAAGAGAAGUACUACUUCGAUCGUCAAGGAAAUAGCAGCAGUAGAUGAGCAGGGCGAUUCUCCGGUUGAUCAGUUAUCAAAGCCAGAAAACUCAGAAGAAGCUCCACUGAAAAGGGACGACAGGUUAGGCAAAGGCACUUCCAAGCUAGAGGAACGCAAGGUGCUAUCUCAGACUGAUGGAGUUACUACGGAUGGAAGCUCAAAUAAUGCAGUCAAUCAUGCAGAUUCGAUGCAUAAGGAAUCAGAGCCUGCUCCAGAUUCAUCAGAUCAAGAAAGAGACAGAGUAUAAAGACGAAACAGACCCAUCCAAGGUCUAACAGAAUGAGAUCUCCUGAUGUUAGUCUCUGAAGUUUUCAAGUGGAAAUUGUGAAUCAAUGAAUUUCCCUGCUCCUAAAGUUGCUCGUAUUUCUAACAAUGUUUUGGAUGGGUCAGGAGAAAAUAACAACCACUUGCAAUGUUCAUUGAGAGCAGAAGCGGUCUCAAAGCUUUAUAGUUUGAAAUUGAACAAAUCUGUAUUUUUAUUGGACUUGCAAGGUAACUUCUACUGACAUAAGAUAUCCAAGCAAGAUAGUAUCAGAAAAGUCAUGGAAAUAUAGGAAAUGUCAAGUA